CUUGGGCAAAAAGUGGUGCCAAUGUAGUUAGCUAGAAAACUAGGUUAAUUGUUAAAUAGCUAUGAUUAGCUUGCUAAAAAUGUCUAGCUAUGGUAAAAUAAGGUUAGCGACAGCUGAGAGAUUCUAACGUUAGUCCCCGGAUCAUCAUGGCUUGCAGUUUGUUGUGUUUUAAAGAAAUGGUGUUCACAAUGCAUUCUACGGGGGUGUACGUAGUGCACGGGAAGUCUAAUUAUUAGUCAUCACCAAGUUGGAGUAAGUCAUUUGUGCAUGGACCCCAGUCAAUGUCUUAUGUGCCGCCAGGGAGGUAAUAACGCUGGACACACUGUGGUGGUGGACUCGGUGGAGUACGACUUCCACCUGCUGCCCAGCGGAGUGCUGAACAAAAAGGCCUUGUCCUUUAUUGGCAACGGGGUUGUGAUACAUCUGCCUGGGUUGUUUGAUGAGGCUGAAAAGAACCUUCAGAAAGGAAAAGGACUUCAAGGAUGGGAGGAGAGGCUGAAGAUUUCUGAUCGUGCGCACCUGGUGUUCAACUUUCACCAAGCUGUUGAUGGAAUACAGGAGCAACAGAGACAACAGCAGGCCGGGAAAAAUUUGGGCACUACCAAAAAAGGCAUCGGCCCGGCAUACUCUUCUAAGGCUGCCCGUAAUGGACUGAGGGUGUGUGAUUUGGUGUCUGAUUUCUCAGUCUUCGAGGAGAAGUUCCGUGUUCUGGCAGGGCAUUUUCAGACAAUGUAUCCUAACCUCAACAUUGAUGUUGAUGCUGAACUACACCAGCUCAAGGAAUAUGCGGAGAGGCUGCGUGCCUUGGUGACUGAUGGAGUGUAUUUCAUGCACAAAGCCUUGAAUGGACCAAGUAAGAAGAUUCUCGUGGAGGGCGCUAAUGCCGCUCUCUUGGAUAUUGAUUUCGGAACCUACCCCUUUGUGACAUCAUCCAACUGUACAGUCGGAGGUGUGUGCACAGGGCUGGGAGUGCCACCUUCCCAUGUGGGUCGCGUUUACGGCGUAGUGAAGGCCUACACCACCAGGGUGGGAGUGGGAGCUUUCCCAACAGAGCAGGACAAUGACGUUGGCUCUCUGCUGCAGUCCCGGGGGAGGGAGUUUGGGGUCACCACCGGCAGACGGCGUCGCUGUGGCUGGCUGGACCUAGUUCUCGUCAGAUAUGCUCACAUGAUCAAUGGCUUCACCGCCAUUGCCCUGACCAAACUGGACAUCCUGGAUACUCUGACUGAGAUCAAAAUAGGUGUUGCGUACACCGUCGAUGGAAAAGACCUCCCCAGCUUCCCUGCGAAUAUGGAUGUGUUGACGCGGGUGUCGGUGAAGUACGAGACCCUGCCCGGCUGGGAAUGCAGCACUGAAGCGGUGCGCUGUUUUGACGACCUGCCUUCUCAAGCACAGGCCUACAUCCACUUCAUCGAGAACUUCCUACAAGUGCCAGUGAAAUGGGUUGGAGUCGGCAAGUCACGGGAAAGCAUGAUCAAACUGUUUUGAUCCCAUGUGGCACUCGGUAACUCAAGUGUGUAGAACUUGAGUUUUAUUUUGUGGAUCAAUGCAAAGAUUAUGUUAAAUAUUGGACUUAGAACCCACAUAAUGUCCCUGUCAAACAUCAACACCAGCAGCUGUAUGAGACCACAGGUUCGGUGUAACCUGACCCAUAUAACCUUUAAGUGGUUCACCAGACCAGUUGCCACAUACAUUCCAUACAUUUUUUUUAAUCAUAUAAAUUCUUCAGCACUUGAAGAAACUGACCAUGACUUGGUGUGAUUGAAUGUGGGCAUUCUGUUUCAACUGGGGAUUUGAAGGAGUCUUACUACUACUUGUCAUUUUUUUUUUUCUUCUUUUUCACACUGUUAAUGUCAUGAUUGUUUUGGGAAAGAACUUUGAUUUGUAGUGUGUUUUUAAUUUGAAGGUUGAUUAUUAAGUGAACAUCCUUGCAGCAUAACUGUAAAAAUGCUUUCAAUUAGUCAUUAUUUUCAUUCACUGACGUUUGUGCUGAACUUUGUGACCUCGAAAUGACUUGAUGUGGGUCCUUUGAUUAAUCUGCAGCAGUUUGACAUCCUCUAUGCAGCUAGCUAGCUAACAACAACACAGGCCAGCUGGAGCUCAAAGGUAUACCUCUAAGCAAUAGCCUGUUUGAACCCAGGGAGAUGAAAGUAUAUUGAAAUAUUAGACUAUUGUAAUAUCUCAAAUCUUCUACAUCUACCCAUGUAUAACCUUAAUUAUGAGUCCUCUGCUUACAGUAGGGGGGCAAAGUGCUGUGUAUCUGACUCUACGGAAACUGACAAAUCCAGACUAACCUGUCAUAUAAAAAGUACUUUCAUAAUGGGUGUUCACUUAUUGGUAAGGUGUGGCUUUCUGCAAAUAGCUCAAAUCAAAAGAGGAAGGGAAUAUGGCAAAAAAAAAAAAUAAUCGCUUAAUGACUAAGAACCACAAGCAAGUGUUCUAGGACUCUUAACUUUUCAGUCUGUCCCAAACAUGACUGAACUGUAUUUUAAAUAAAUAAUGUUAAAUUCUUAACUUUGAAAAGCCAUUCCAAAUAUACAUGUAACAUUCUAUCAGUAUCUCACUGAAUCAUUUUGUUGAAUCUUAAAACAUUCCUCUUAUUUUUCUUUGCCAUAUAAUUUAUAUUAUACCCCUGUAAAAAAAAAAAAAAAAGGUUGAAAUCGUAUACCCAAACACCUGCACUGUAGUCUAAUUAUCAACCAGUGCCACUAUGCAGUCAUGUGCUCUUGGUGCAAGGUACCCAUUGCAUUGAGACUGGGUGUUCAAGUUAAGAGUUAUAUAAUGAGAAUCUGUGUAAGGGCUUUCAUGGAUCUAACCUGUGAUUUGUUUCCUUUGAAAUUUCUAGUGAAUUAGUGUAAAUAAGGAACUGCAACAGCUGCUGAAUUAAAGGUUGUAGUCAGUGACAACGCUUAAAGAUAACGAUCCUUUUUUUUCGUGGAACGUUUUCUUUGAAUAGCAAAGAAUAAUGUCUUAAACACAAAUGACUACAAACCGAAAUUUGUAUGUUAAAAUCACCAAAGCUCACUGGCAUUUCUAUGCAUAUGUUAAAACGCUUUGAUUCAUUACCUGCUCUUUCAGAACAAUAAAAUGGCUGAGCUGCA